AUGUCGGAAGGAGAAGAUUUGAAAGCAUAUACUUUAGAUGAAGUUUCGCAACAUAACACCGUAGAAGACCUUUGGGUUGUUUACAAUGGAGGAGUAUACGAUAUCACCAAAUACAUAGAUGAGCAUCCAGGUGGUGAAGAAGUUGUUAUUGACGUUGCUGGUAUGGAUGCCACCGAAGCUUUCGAAGAUAUUGGACACUCUGACGAUGCUCGUGAAAUUUUGAAGGGAUUAUUGAUUGGUAAGGUAGAAGGUGGUAACAUCAAGUCGCCAGUUAGUACUGCCACCCAGCCGGAAAGUACAGGCUCGUCUAUGCCAAUGCUUGCUAUUUUUGUGUUGUUGAUUGCUGCUGGUGUUUAUUUUUAUAUCAAAUAG